UGAUGACAUGAUUAACCUCUUAGAGCGUUUAAAGCAUGAUAUGUUGACCCGUCAAGUAGACCAUGUGUUUAGAGAUGUUAAAGAUGCUGCCAAAUUGUAUAAAAAGGAAAGGUGGUUGUCCUUGCCGUCUCAGUCAGAGCAGGCAGUCAUGUCCCUGUCCAGUUCAGCCUGCCCGUUACUGCUGACGCUACGAGACCAUUUACUGCAGCUGGAGCAGCAGCUCUGUUUCUCCUUAUUUAAAAUGUUUUGGCAAAUGCUUGUCGAGAAGCUGGAUGUAUACAUCUACCAAGAAAUAAUUCUUACUAAUCACUUCAAUGAAGGAGGAGCAGCUCAGCUGCAGUUUGAUAUGACUUGGAAUCUUUUCCCUUUGUUUUCUCACUAUUGCAACAGACCUGAAAAUUAUUUUAAACAUAUAAAAGAAGCCUGUAUUGUUUUGAUUUUGAACGUCGGUUCUGCACUACUCCUGAAAGAAGUCCUGCAGUCAGCUUCAGGGCAACGUCCUGCCACAGCAGCAUUAAAUGAAGUUGGAAUAUACAAACUGGCUCAACAAGAUGUUGAGAUUCUACUUAAUUUGAGGACCAAUUGGCCUAAUACUGGAAAAUAAUGUCUUUCAGAAAAAGGUUUUUUUUUUUGCUUUUUAAGAAUCCGCCAGUUUGAUUUCUAGUUAAAUGAUGAAUGAUGAAAUUCUGAAUUAAUGAAACUGGAAAACUUUAUA